UAAAAACAUCACAGCGGCUCAACAGAUGAAGCCGGAGACGGAGAGCAGCAGGACAACUCUGGAGGAGGUGCUGGGCUGGAGGACUGACCACGGUCACCGAGGCUGCUUUUAGGGCGAGUGUUUACAUCCUCUGCCAGCUGCAGGUGAACAGGCGGUGAGCGCGUCAGGGCUCUGCGGCUGGGAGAGUCUAGCUUAGUUCUCAUGUCCUAGUGUCUCAGUCCACCCCGCUCACAGCUCCUCUGACCUGACCUCCCAAACCAAGCGAAGUCCACUGAAAAGGCGCCAGGAUGCCCGAGGCCGGCACGGACAUGAGCAUGGACAGGCUUUUCGGGGUGAAGGCUCCGACCUCGGUGGCCCCCGAAAGCCUCCCUCCCUCGUCCUUGGGCAGCGCUCCUCCUGGAGACAUCCUGCGAAACUUCUACCACACCAAGAGAGUCGGGAACUAUCUCAUCGGCAGAAAGCUGGGAGAGGGGUCUUUCGCCAAAGUCCGCGAGGGUCUUCACGCUCUGACCGGCGAGAAGGUGGCGGUGAAGGUGAUAGACAAAAGAAAGGCCAAGAAAGACUCGUAUGUUACGAAAAACCUUCGUCGGGAGGGCCAGAUCCAGCAGAUGAUCCGCCACCCCAAUAUCACCCAGCUUCUGGACAUCCUGGAGACAGAGAAUAGCUACUACCUCGUCAUGGAGCUCUGCCCAGGAGGAAACCUCAUGAACCACAUCUACGAGAAGAAGAGGCUUGACGAGAGGGAGGCACAGAAGUACGUCCGUCAGCUAGUCAUGGCCGUGGAGCACCUGCACAGGGCUGGAGUGGUACACAGAGAUCUGAAGAUUGAAAACCUUUUGCUGGACGAACAGGACAACAUAAAGCUAAUAGAUUUCGGGCUGAGCAACUGCGCAGGAAUCCUGGGAUAUUCCGACCCUUUCAGCACUCAGUGUGGCAGCCCAGCCUACGCCGCCCCCGAGCUGCUCUCGAGGAAGAAGUACGGGCCCAAAGUAGACGUCUGGUCCAUCGGAGUCAACAUGUACGCCAUGCUCACCGGCACCCUCCCAUUCACGGUGGAGCCGUUCAGCCUCAAAGCCCUUCAUCAGAGGAUGGUAGACAAGGACAUGAACCCUCUGCCCGCUUCGCUGUCCUCAGCUGCAGUCAGUUUACUGAAGAGCCUUCUAGAACCCGACCCUGCUAAAAGGCCCAACAUCCACCAGGUCAUGGCAGACUCAUGGCUUCAGCUGGGCAACCCACACACUGGAAUCCCUUACUUGAACCGGAUCCAUAUCGAAGAGAUCAACCACACAGUUCUUCUGCACAUGACCGAGCGGAUGGGCUACAAGCACAGCGAAGUCCUCAGCGCUGUCCUCACCAACCGAGCCUGCCACACCCUCGCUGUCUACUUCCUCCUCAACAAGAAGAUGAAGAGACUCUCCAAAGAAUAUCGGGAGAAGCAGUACAGCAUGGAGAAGGAGAAAAAGAGCGAAUUGUUCCAGACGCAGUGGAGAAAGCACAUUGAGAAGAUCACCAUCCCCCCCAAACAGACGCCAGUCUAUCUCGCUGUGAGCAAAGGCCCCACCAAGGAAAAGAAACAGAAAACAGGGCUCCUUAAAGCGAUGACCGGUCUCAAGGAAGCUUAUUCAGGCCAGGGCGGCUGCAUAGCCUCCUCCUCGCUGGAAUAUCUGGAAAUCCACCCUCUGUUUCCCCAAGAAGCUCGCCGACUGGACACCCAGCCGCCCCCGAAAGAGAGCUCUAAAGACGUAAAAGCCGUGGACGUCCCAGCCAGGCCGCCCUCCUCUCUCGGCGCUCACUCCUGGGCUUCUGCGAGUAAGGAGCCCAGCAAAGAGGCUCCACCAUCGCCCUGGUACAAGCUUACCAACGGCGCUCUCUCCCCACCCCGCCAUGUGUCAGCUUUCCAACCGGACAGUUCCUACCUGAAGAAGGCUACCAUCCCCAGCCCCCCAGUGCUCAUCGUCAAACCCCAGCCCAAGAAGAGCCCCCCCACCACGGACUGGCCAACCCCUAGCCCUCCUGAGUCCAGCAGCGGGGGUAGCGGUGGCAGUGGAGGCAGCGAGGAACCCGACAGCCCCCAGCACCGCAGCAAGUUCCCCUCCAUGGGUAUCGGACAGAUUCUGAAGAAGAAGGUGCCACCGUUCACCUUCCAGGUGCCUCCGUUUAGGCCAGAGCCAGCGGUGGAAGUGGAGUCGCCAACUCCCUACCACAUGCAAACUCUGCUCUGUGCCUCCGGGGCCCUGAAGACCCUGUGCUGAUAAACGAGACUUUGCAGAAGUUUAUUCCUGGAAUAAACACAGUUAAAGGAACAGCUCGACCAAACGUGCUGAUGUGACUAGCAAUUAAUGGAAGAGGACAGCCGCCAGUUAACUUCAUUUCAUUUGGGUACUGUUAACAGGUGGCUAACAUCAGCAUUUUUGACCAAACUGUUCCUUUAAAAAAAAAAAAAAAAAACCCACAUAGAAAUGAUAU